AUGGAUGCCGCAUUAUUAGACAUUGUAGCUGGCAUUCCUCCAGUAACGAAAAUAUGGGCGAUUGGUUGUGUUGGCCUUUCUAUAUUGACAAGUACAAAUGCGAUUGAUCCAACGAAGAAAUGGUACACAUUUGAACUAGCAUUUAAAAAGGGGCAAUAUGAUAGAAUAAUUUAUUCACUUUUUGACCAUGGAGAAUUCAAUUGGAUGUCAAUUUUUAACAUAUUUGUCAGCGUGAACCAUCUAGCAUCUUUGGAGAACUCAUUUGCCAUAAAGAGAAGAUUUUGUUGGAUGGUUACAAUAGCAUUAGGAAUAAUACUACUAAUGAGUAGUAUAGCGCAACCAGUUUCUUCGUUAGGAAUUGUACUGUACGAAAAUUUAGUAUACUAUCAAAUUCGUAAAACAGGAAAUGAAAUGAAUAUAAUGCUUUUUGGCGGUGUCAAUGUAUCGCCAUUAAUAUUACCACUCUACAUGAACUGCACAAUGUUAUUUGUGCAUCACAAAACUAUGCUGCAGGUAGCAAUGAAUUUUUUGCCAGGCCACGCUCUAUAUUAUCUGGACGAUAUUUUCAUGAAGCUUUAUGAUGUCGAUUUAUGCAAGACACCAUACGAUUUUUGGUUAGAUUAUAGAAGAAGGUAG